CUUUCCUCUGUUCGACACUAUAAAAGAUCUAUCCAGUUUCCUAUUUCCAUCCCUUUCUUCCUCGAGAUUCUGCUUUCGCCUUAAGUCUUGACCAGAGAGAGAAGGGGAGCGUGUAGGAGCGAGCAUGGAGAAAGGGGCAAAACUUCGAUGCCAAAGAAUCGGCUGCGAAGCCAUGUUCACAGAGGAUGAUAAUCCUGAGGGCUCCUGCACAUAUCAUGAUUCCGCACCUAUAUUUCAUGAUGGUAUGAAAGAGUGGAGCUGUUGCAAGCAAAGAAGCCAUGAUUUCAGCUUAUUUUUAGCGCUUCCAGGAUGUAAAUCAGGCAAACACACAACUGAGAAACCAGUGAUAACAAAGGCUGUAGUUAGUACGAAGAAGCCAGUUCCUGCUGCAACUCCAUCCAAUAAUGCACCAUCAAAAGUUGAUUGUUCAAGAUGUCGACAAGGCUUCUUUUGCUCAGAUCACGGUUCACAAGCUAGAGAGGUGAACUUGAAACCCUGCAAUGCAGUAGAUGUGCCUGCUGAGAGAAGUGCAGAUGUUCAAACUCCAGCUCCAGUGAAGAAGAUUAUCGAUAUUAACCAGCCCCAGACAUGCAGGAACAAGGGUUGUGGAAAAACAUUCAAAGAAAAGGAUAACCAUGAUACUGCAUGCAGUUACCAUCCUGGCCCAGCGGUUUUCCAUGACAGAGUGAGAGGGUGGAAAUGUUGUGACAUUCAUGUGAAGGAAUUUGAUGAGUUUAUGGACAUACCUCCAUGCACAAAAGGGUGGCAUAAUGCUGAUCCAGUGUCAUAAGCACAGCUCAAAUCAGGGUGAGCUAGCAAUUAUUCUCCCUUUGGCUCCUAUUCUGUGCACACCAAUGUAAUAGAUUAAUUGUUGUCGUAACAUAUACAUUUUGAAACAUCAGUCAAUUUUGUCUAGCAUGUAGAUUAGAACAUUGAGUCGGUCUGGUUUAUUUAUGAUGUCUACACUGUAUUCCAAUCUCCUAUCUUUUUAUGGUAUGGAUUUAAAAGGUUGACUUGUUUUCUAUCAACUGAUAAUUGAACAAUCUAUUUUUAGCAA